AUGUCUGAUAGAUUAACUCAACUACAGAUUUGUUUAGAUCAAUUAAUUGAACAAUUUAAUGCUACUGUUCAUUACGUUAAUACAAAUUCAAAACCUGCACUAUUAGAUGAAGAUGAUCCAACUUCUGUUUCAAAUAUAGCAGCUAAUGCACCAAUUCCUCAACAACAACAACAACAACAACAACAACCAGCUCAACAACAACAACAACAACAAGUACUACAGCAAGAAGAAAAUGGUCAGACACAAAAUAACAAGCUGCCCGAUGACGCAAAAGAUGAAAUAAAAGAAGGAUCAAAACCACCAGAAAUAAGUGAAGAAGAUUUUGAAACAACAAUAGAUGAAUUAUCAACAGAUAUUGUAUUAAAAAGUAGACAAAUUAAUAUGUUAAUUGAUUCACUACCUGGUAUUGGUGUAACUCCUGAAGAACAAUUACAAUUGAUUAAAGAUUUAAGUUUAGAAUUACAAAAAAUUGAACAAGAUAGAAUAUCUAAAAUUAAAGAAAAAGAUGAAUUAUUAUUUAAAGUUGAUGAAAUUAUUGAAAAUUUAGCUACUGGUACUUCAAAAUCAAGAAUUUGA